AUGAUUCCAGCAGAGAAAUCGUCUUUCCCAGACGCCCAGCCUACUAAUCUCAUUACACACGAUGUUGAGUCCCUUGCAAGUCCCGCUUCAGAAUCACCAAGCGAGCUACCUGAGACUCGAAAGCUCAAAGGACUCAAGUGGUUACUCGUUGUGCUGAGCAUCUUGUCAAGCGUAUUGCUUUAUGCUUUGGACAACACCAUCACCGCCGAUGUCAUCCCUGUCAUUGUGAAAGACAUGGGAGGAGUUGACAAGUUGCCAUGGCUCUCAGUUUCUUUCAUGAUCGGAGGUGUGAGUUUUGUACUCCCCUUCGGCAGCAUGUACGCCAUGUUUGAUGCAAAGAAGAUGUACAUUGUUUGCAUUGUUCUCUUCUCGAUCGGUUCAGCUCUGUGUGGUGCAGCACCGAACGUCAACGCUUUCAUUGUGGGUCGUGUCAUCGCUGGCGUUGGCGGUAUCGGGAUAUACCUGGGCGUUAUGACAUUGCUGUCAUGCAACACUACCGGAAAGGAGAGGCCGAUGUAUUUGGGGCUCGUUGGUCUCAUCUUCGGUGUCGGCAACGUGAUCGGUCCUCUCAUUGGCGGCGCAUUUGCUGAUUCGAGCGCAACAUGGCGAUGGGGUUUCUACAUCAAUCUUUGUUUGAUCGGCCUACUGAGUCCAGUCUAUCUCUUCCUCAUCCCAAGCUAUAGGCCUCAACCUACACGAACCAUUCUCGCCCGAUUCGCACAGGUCGACGCCCUUGGUACAAUUCUCAGCAUCGGAUGUCUUGUCUGCCUAGUCAUGGGAAUCAACUUCGGAGGCACCCUCUAUGCCUGGAAGAGUGCAUCAAUCAUUGUGCCGUUCGUCCUCGCUGGGGCUCUGUUGGUAGCAUUCAUUCUCCAACAACGAGCAGCACUUCUCACCACCAAGGCAUCCCGGCUAUUCCCAGCCACGCUUCUCCGAAACCAAGAAACGAUCUUGUUGUUUGUCUUGACAGCGACCUUCAACUCAGCCGGUUUUGUCCCCAUCUACUACAUCCCGAUGUAUUUUCAAUUCACAAGAGGCGACUCGCCGCUAGAGGCUGGCGUGCGUUUGCUCCCACUCAUCAUCACAAUCACAUUCAUGAUCAUGGUAAACGGCAGUUACCUGUCAAAAGGUGGAUACUAUAUGCCAUGGUUCUUGGUCGGUAGCAUGCUCGUGCUGGUCGCGGGUGUUCUCUUCUCACUUAUUGAUGUCAACACAUCUACGGCACACAUCUACGGAUACUCUGUCCUCCUCGGCAUUGGAUCUGGAUGUGGAAUGCAGUCUGGGUUUUCCGUCAUCCAGACAAUCACAAACCCUGAACUUGUGUCAUCGGGUAUUGCUUUCAUCAUGAUCGCUCAAUUGCUUAGUGUCUCCCUCGCCUUGUCGAUCUGUGGCUCACUGUUCGUAAACACCGCCCUCGAGAGCCUGCAAUCGUUGCUCGUUAGUCAUUCAAAGUCAGAACUUCAAGGAGCUUUACUUGGUCUCAGUGGAGAGUUUUUGGCUUCCCUUGAUCCCACGCAACGUGCUGAGACCCUCAACAUCAUCGUUCAAUCAAUGGCGAAAGUAUUCGUCCCCGUCUAUGUCGCUGCUGCUGUCGGUAUUGGGGCUUCGCUUGGUCUAAGAGUAUGUCUUGUAGAUUCCUCGUAA